AUGCAUCAGCUUCAGGAGGAAUUAACAUGUUCCGUUUGCUAUAGCAUAUUUGAAGAUCCACGCGUUCUGCCCUGUUCCCAUACGUUUUGUAGGAACUGUCUGGAAGGUGUUAUUCAGCUGUCGAGCAACUUUCCCGUUUGGACACCCCUGAGAGUUCCUCUGAAAUGUCCUAACUGCAGGAGCGUGGUUGAAAUUGCUGCUGGUGUCGAAUCGUUGCCUGUCAACUUUGCGUUGAAAGCUAUUAUUGAAAAAUACCACCAGGAAGAUCACUCCGACGUUGCUACCUGCAGUGAACACUACAGGCAACCGCUGAAUAUUUACUGCCUUUUGGAUAGAAAAUUGGUGUGUGGCCAUUGCCUCACAAUAGGAAAACACCACGGUCAUCCCAUAGAUGACCUUCAAAGCGCCUACAUAAAAGAAAAGGAGACUUCUGGAAAACUUCUCGAGCAGCUGACUGAUCAACACUGGACGGAUGUGUGUCUGCUUAUCGAAAAACUGAAAGAACAGAAGUCCCAGUGUGAAAGCGUCGUUCGGGAUGAUAAAAAGGCCGUAGUGCAGUAUUUUAAGAAGCUUAGCGAUACCUUGGAGCACAAAAAACAAGCUCUGCUGACUGCGCUGGAUGACGUUAAUACACACAUUUUGGAAGAGUAUCAGCCUCUCAUUGAGAAGUUGAAAAAAAAACGGGAAGAACAGCUGGAAUUAAUGUCGCUGAAUACGUCUAUUCAAAAAGAAGAGUCCCCGCUUAUUUUUCUUGAGAAGAUGGACAAGAUGCAGCAACGUAUAAAAGCUUUGAAGUGGAAGCAACUGCCGGAGGUUAAACCUGUGGAGAUUUAUCCGAGGAUUGGGCACCUGUUGAAAGACGUGUGGUCUAAAACGGAAAUCGGUCAGAUCAACAAGAUCCUCACUCCGAAAAUAAAACUGAUUCCGAAAAGGAACUUAAACGGCAAAGGCAGUGGGAAGGAAGGAAGGGGAUCCAAAGAACUCCUCCAGGCUGUAAAUCCUUUAGCAGUCCUGCUUCUCUUUCUAGUAACAGCGAUAACUGUGUAUGCAUUUCACAAAGCAGUAUCAUCAGUUGUCAUCGAAGCUACUCCCACUUAUAUCUCAGAACUCUUGCUGCUGAUUUAUCAAGAUUUCUGCACCCAUUUGCAGAAUAUAGUGGAUGUGCUCUCCCAUACAUUUAAUUUACUGAUGGAGAGAAUUUACUGGGGAGAAAUGUUUCUCUUUGACUAUUUCAAGGAUUAG